AAAGGGGCCAUUAACGCUCUGAAGUACCUGAUUCACGUUCUUUUAAUUCAAAACGAGAUGACCAAAUUUCAUUUUCUGGUUCUGAUCGGAAUGGCUAAUUUUCUUUGGAUGUUCCUCUGUUACGUGUUCUUAUUGAAAUCAGACACAGUGGAAGGAUUUGAUGUUCGAAAACAUCUCUCUACCGUUACAAGCUAUGCUGUUGGGAAAGAACUUGCUAAUGAUGGAUUUGUGUCAUCUAGUAUCCCAAAUGGAUGCACUCCUAUUCACUUAAAUCUUGUGGCAAGACAUGGAACUCGUUCUCCUACCAAGAAAAGGAUUAGAGAGUUAGAUAGAUUGGCGAGUCACUUGGAAGAUUUAGUGAAUGAUGCAAAAGAUGCGGCAGAAAAAGGCAAGUUAGCUCUUGAAAGAGUCCCUGCCUGGAUACAGGGAUGGCAGUCUCCUUGGAAAGGAAGGAAAAAAGGCGGAGAGUUGAUUUCUAAAGGGGAGGAUGAACUAUAUAAUCUUGGGAUUAGAAUCAGAGAAAGAUUUGGAGAUUUAUUCAGUGAGGAGUAUCACCCAGACGUGUUCACUAUAAAAGCAACUCAAGUUCCUCGGGCAUCAGCUAGUGCAGUGGCAUUUGGCAUGGGUCUAUUUGCGGAGAGAGGUAAUCUGGGACCAGGGAAGCAUCGAGCAUUUUCUGUAACCAGUGAGAGCCAUGCAAGUGAUUUAUUACUGAGGUUUUUUGAUACUUGUGAAACUUACAAGCAAUACAGGAAAAAUCAGGAACCUACUGUCCUAAAACUAAAGCAACCCAUCUUGGAUCAAAUUUCCUCUGCCUUAGUGAGUCGGUACCAGCUGAACUUUACAACACAGGAUGCUGCUUCCCUCUGGUUUCUGUGUAAGCAGGAAGCAUCCUUGCUGGAGGUAACUGAUCAAGCUUGUGGCCUCUUUACCCCUUCUGAGGUUUCUUUGCUGGAAUGGACUGAUGAUUUGGAGGUAUUCAUGUUGAAGGGUUAUGGUAAAUCAGUGAAUUAUCGAAUGGGAUUACCACUGCUUCGAGAUGUUGUUGACUCCAUGGAACAAGCUAUAAAGGCUAAAGAAGAGCACCAUGUUGCUGGCACUUUCGAGAAAGCAAGACUACGAUUUGCUCAUGCCGAAACUGUUGUACCAUUUUCGUGUCUGCUUGGAAUCUUUCUUGAAGGAGCUGAGUUGGCAAGAUUAAAACACGAGCAAGCCUUGGAACUACCUCCAAAGCCUCCUCAGAAAAGGAACUGGAGAGGUAGUGUGGUGGCACCUUUUGCUGGGAACAAUAUGCUGGUUUUGUAUAAUUGUCCGACCAAACAGACAUCCAAGUAUUAUGUGCAAGUGAUGCAUAACGAAGUUCCAGUUCCCUUGCCAGGUUGUGAUGGUUCUGAUUUUUGCUCAUUUGAAGUUUUUAAGGAAAAGAUCGUCAAUCCCCAUCUGCAGCACAACUACAAUUCAGUCUGCAGUGCAAAAUUAGAAGAACCAGAAACACUCUCCUUCUCUAGGAAGUCCUUGGGGGUGCACAGACAGGCUUAUUGAUAGACUUGUCAACUGAGAGCUGGCUCAAUCUUAACUUCUGAGAAGUCUAAUUGAAACAAAAUUUUGUAAGGUAGGGGCUUUUAAUCAUUCUAAUGCUCUAGUUUAUGUUUUAAAAGUUCGACGACGAGUUAUACAAAACGUUUUCUGAAAUGUCAUUAAGAAUUUUGUGUAAUUCUAAUGCUCGUCGAGUCUUGUUUGUUACUUGGUCUAGAUGUAGUAGAACUGUAGAAGCAUACUGUUUGUAUAGCAAUGCAACUUUUGUAGGUGACCUGUUUACUGAAACAAAGUAUAGAGCUUCUAGAUGAUUUCAAAAAACUGGUUUUCUUAUAUCCAAAUUUUGGUGCAAGUGCAAUUCUGGAGGAUAGCAACAAUGUAAUAGUGGAGUAUUAGAAA